GCAACUGGGAAAUAGCGAAAGCGAAAGUAUAUGAAGAAAGAGCGAUUACCUUCCUCUACGGGUUGACUGUAUGGCAGCCAUGAAGAAGAACGAUUCUCUUAGCAAUAGUGAUAAUAGCAGGAGGUGGAAACGGAGAGAGCUUGGCAUACUCAUCCUCUACGCGAUUGCCUUCUACUUCAUUGUCAUCCGUCGAUCCCUUCACAUAUCUCGUGAUCAUCACUCCCGACUCUACGGUUUACGCCCCGGAUGGCUCACAAAAUUUACUCAUCUUCUCAAUGAUGUCUCGGAUGCUCAAUGGAGGAACUUUCGAGGAAAUUUACCGAUUCUUACUGUUGUUUUUGGGAUAUUUGCUUUGGUGGCCAAUACAUUGAGAGCGUAUUUUGAUCUAAAAGCGAGGGGGAUGUCCUUUGUUUGGCUUUUCAUUUCUUUAAUUUACCUCUCAUAUCUGCAUGGAGCUUGCAUCAUUUUCAUCCUAUCAAUCGCUUCACUUAAUUAUCUUCUAGUAAAGAUAUUUGCAAGAAAGAAGUACUUCUCACUUGUAAUCUGGAGUUUCAAUAUCUUUUUUCUUCUAUGCAAUCGUGUUUAUGAAGGAUACUCAUUCUCGAUAAUAGGGCAACAAUGGGCGUAUUUGGACAACUUCCGGGGAUCCUUUAGAUGGCAUAUUUGCUUCAAUUUUGUUGUCUUGCGGAUGAUAAGCUUUGGGUAUGAUUACCAUUGGGCAGAUCAUGAUUCUCGCUUUGAUCAAAAGAAGCAUAUUCAACGUUGUCAUGUUUGCAAGUCUGGACAAACUUGCUACCAACUUUUACAGGAGAGAAGUGUCCAAAAUGGCAAUUAUGGCCUUAGUAUAUACAUUUGUUACUUGGUAUAUGCUCCCCUCUACCUUGCUGGGCCAAUUAUAAGCUUCAAUGCAUUUGCUUCACAGUUAGACGUGCCUCAGAAUAAUUAUCCUAUUAGAGAUAUUACUCGUUAUGGUUUACGCUGGGUAUUCAGUCUUGUCCUAAUGGAGCUAAUGACACACCUCUUUCAUUACAAUGCCUUUGCAAUCAGUGGCUUGUGGAAACAGUUAUCUCCUAUGGACGUGUUCAUUAUCGGAUAUGGGGUCUUAAACUUCAUGUGGCUAAAGUUUUUUCUUAUCUGGCGCUUUUUUCGGUUUUGGUCACUGAUAUGUGGCAUCGAGGCCCUAGAGAAUAUGCCAAGGUGUAUUAAUAAUUGCCACAGCUUGGAAGAUUUUUGGAAAAACUGGCAUGCUUCCUACAACAAAUGGCUUGUGAGGUAUAUGUACAUUCCUCUAGGGGGAUCUCGGAAGAAGCUGCUUAACGUAUGGGUUAUAUUCACAUUUGUUGCCAUAUGGCAUGAUUUAGAGUGGAAACUUCUUUCAUGGGCAUGGUUAACAUGCUUGUUCUUUAUCCCGGAAAUGAUACUAAAAUCAGCCGCAAGUGCAUUACAGGUUGAGAGUGCUUUGGGGAAGUUUGUCUUUCGUGAACUUAGUGCUGUUGCCGGUGCUAUCACAAUCACUUGUCUCAUGGUUGCGAACCUUGUUGGUUAUGUUGUUGGACUAUCAAGCGUGAAUUGGUUGAUAUCUCAUUUCCUUCAAAAAGAAGGACUGUCUGUUCUGGCUGGCAUGUUUCUAACAUUUUAUGUGGGGACGAAGCUUAUGUUUCACAUUGAUGAUGCCAAGCAAAGAAGGCACUGAAGUGGCAUGUGAAGCUUCACUAGGUAUUCCACAUUGCUAAAUGUCAAUGUGCAGAUUUUGGAUAUGACACAGGCAUAGAUGAUAUUAUUUCUUUUGUCAGAGCAGUAGGGUGUAGCCAUUCCGUGUUGUGCAUUCUCUUGUAGUAGAAAUUUAUUUUUUAGGUCAUGUUUGGCUCACGGGAUUGAAUUAGUUGAAUAGGGUUAGAUUAAUUUAGAUUAGACUGGAUUGAUAUUGUAUUGGAUAAUUGUUGGAAUUUUACCAGAUAUAUAACUAUGUAUAAGCUAUAUAUAAUCUCAAUAGUCAAUACUACGUUUACUGUGAA